CAAAGUGGACGGUUCGGUUUUGCAAUCCUGACGGGAAACAACGAGCGACACCCGGCGACAACCGGCAUUUCUAGCGCAACCGCUCCGCUCUGAUGGCACGGUCCUUGAGGCUGGACAAACAGUGGGGUUCUGCCUGACCCUGCCGAGUGGGAACGCAAAGUGCGAGGCCACGCGACGACGUUCACAUGGCAGCCGGGCAGCAUGUUAUGCAUCGAGACAUGGACGACGAGGCCAUAUCACCGCGGCAACCGGCGCCGUCGAUAGAACAUGCCAUGCAAACAGCUGGCCCCACCCCUAACCGGUUAAACCACCUCGACAUGCGCGCCGACCCGGAUGCGCAGGCCACCGUCUCCGACUUCCUCGACUUCACCGAAUAUCUGCCCGCCGAUAUCACCCGCUCCCUCACCCUGAUCGGCAAGCUGGACGAGACCUACGUCGAUGCGUCAGCUAAGGUUCAUGAACUCACCACGCUUUGGGGGCAACUCCCACACGUGUCCCCCACCGAGGAGAAGAGGGAUGCCCUUGAGCUGCGCGCCGAUACCUCCGAGAACCUGCACCAUGCCUUGAACUCGCGCAUCUUCUCGCUGGCCGAGGCCCAGCGCAUGGCCGAAAACGUCAACCGUCACUACGUCCGCGCUCGGACAAUCCUGGCGAAACUCGAGACCAUGCUGGAGAACUACCCCACCGCCGAAGAGCAGAAAAGCCCCGUCGCGACCAAGUCGCCGCAGUUGUCGAGGUCCCAAAAAAUGCCACUGCGCGUAGAUGGCCAGAAGCUGCGCAGACCACGCGUCCCGCGGAUUACGGUGCCGGGAGAGGUCCUCGCUCCUUACGAGCUAAAUUACGACGCGUAUACCACGGGAACCGAAAGCAGCUCCGAGGAUGACGAGGACGACGAGGACGGCCUGUCGAGUAGGCUCACCCCGGCUCCGCCCCCCCGCAUCAAAGUUGUGAAGACGGGCCCGAGGCACGGCAGACCUGGCCGACCGCCUCGGCCCAGGACCUCUGUUCCGCCGCCCAACCCGGCCCUAGCCGGCUUGUCGACGAGCGCCGCCAUGGCGCAGCUCACCCCUCCACCGGCUAACGCUGUCAUCGGCGGCCCUGACGCACCUUGGGGCCAGCUGACGCCAUACGAACUUGCUAGGCUCAGGAAACGUAUGAAGAAGAAUGCCGCUUGGACGCCUAGCGAUACCAUGGUGGCACGCGAGCUGAGCGCCCUCGGCCGAGGCGUGGAAGCCUUCAGAGCUGCGAAGCAGCAGGCUGAAGCAGAAGGCCGGGUCUUCGAGGGCCAGAUGCCUGUCCCAACCGUCGAUCCGGACACGGGCGAGAAGCGGAUGCCGCUCGGAGCUCUAACCAUGGAGACGCUGGCGUCCGACGAGAAGAGCCUGAGCAAUCGCGGAAUGAAGCUAAACGAGGCAAAGAAGCUUAAGAGGGAACUCUUGGCCAAGAUGGCUGCCGAGGAGGCUGAGGAGUCGGCUAGAAGAUUCGACGCGAUCGCCAGGACUCUCAUGUCGGACGCCACUCCGACUAGCAUCCAGGAUCCGUCCCAGUCCGCCAGCAAGGUGAAAGCCCCGAGGAAGCGCAAACGAGACUCGGCGCCCGACGGCGACACCGAGAAGCUUGAGACGGUCGAAGGGCCAGCCCAAAGGCCUCAGAUCAAGCGUACAAAGACGGAGACUCCGGUACCGCCUCCGGUGUUGACGCCGGCUGGCUCGCAAGGGCCUUUUGAGACCCCCGGACAAACAUCGCAGCGCACAUCGGCUGCUGGCAUUCUCCAUUCUACGACGCCGAUUCCCAUCCCGAUACAUAGCCAGGAGCAAUCUAUCACAGCGAAGUCGGCCACAUCGGCUGCCUCGGCAGCCUCGCCCGCCAGUAGCUACGCAGGUCAGAACGGCGCGCCCACCCUCGGUCCCGUCAAACUGCCAGCAACCGAGACGCCCAUCCCUCCUCCGAUCAUCUCCCCAAAGAAGUCCAUGACGCCGAUUUUGCCGCCGCCCAGGGAAACCCGAAAGACUCUGUCAGCUCGCGCACAAGAGCAACAGCAGCUUGACGCCCGGGCCGCACAGGUCGCGAUGGGACCGCUCUCCCGCUCAGCGAGCCCGGCCGUCGCACCCAAACCCGAGCCUGAUGCGCCGGGAGCCGCCGCAGUCAGCACACCUGCCGCGUCAACCACGACAGUGACCCGCCGCCCCGGAUCCCGCGGCAAAGCCGCCAGCCAGGAGCCGCCGCCGUCUCUGGCCGCAGACCGUCCCCGGCGCGCUAGUACCGCCCGAAACACGCCUGCGCCGGAGCGUGCGGACCAGGCCCCUGCUGGUACCGCGGCGAAUCCUGCAGCCGCAGGAGCAACAGCAGCAGCAGGAGGCACCGGUCCUGGGGGCCGGCCGGCCAACAGGCGCGGAAAGCGGCCCGCCCCGGGCAUCAUCAGCCGGACCAACAGCGGAGGUAAUAGCGCGGUGGGGAUGCGGAAGGCGGCGCCGCGCAAGAAGAGUGCCGCGACACGUGCGGCCGCGAACAAGGCCGCCGCGGCCAAAGACAAGGCGGCGGGCGCCGACGCGGGCGGCGCCGAGGUGCUCGAGGUCGAGGUCGACGACGAGGGCAACCUGAUCGAUCCCAACGAGCCGAGGUACUGCCUUUGCGACCGGGUCAGCUUUGGUACCAUGAUCCAGUGCGAUAAUCUUGACAAUUGCAAGGGCGAGUGGUUUCACCUCGAGUGUGUCGGCUUGGCCGACAUCCCGGCCCGCACGACCAAGUGGUAUUGCCCAGACUGUAGGAAGCUGCUGAAUAUCGGCGAGAAGGGCGAGGUUAGUGCCAGGGGAGUGAAGGCUUGA